CAAUGUCUGGAGCAUCUAGCCGCUCAGCUACUUCCUCGAACCAUGUUGGAACUUCGUCCGUCAGAACUAUGCCAUCGUCCGGUGGGGCAGUAUUUUCUUGACCUAUUUUAAUGGCUUUCAUCUAUCUAUCUAUCUUUGCUAUGAAACGUUUUUUUGUAGUCGUUCACUAUUACCGCGCUUUGUGCUUUGAGUUUAUUCUGAAUUCAGCAGUAACUCUAACCCUUUCACCUUUCUGUAUCGUCAUAGAUGCAGUUAGACGCAGAACAAGUGGCGUUAGUGGUCCGUUUCGUUCCGCCAACAAUGGAAACGGGAUGUCGAUGUUGCGGUUCUACACUGAAGAGGCCCAAGGCCUCAAAAUAACACCAGUUCUUGUUCUUGUUAUUAGUGUUUGCUUUAUUGCAUUCGUCACCAUGCUUCAUGCCAUCUCCAAGAUAUAUCAGUACCGCAAUUCAUAAGAGCUUUUAUAUACAGGUUUGUUCUUUGGCGCUUUGUCACUCAUGCACACAAUAAUUAGUUUCAACCCACCCAUCCUGGUUUGGAAUUUGUUUUAGAAAAUUGUUUCAUGUCAGCAUAGAAUGGCGGCACCACAUUUUUGUGUUCAUUGUGCGUAUGAAGUUGCUGUCACUGAAGUCUUAUAUUUUUCUGACGAGGACAGAUAUUCACUUUGUUUAAGACGCACUCUAAAAGUCUGGAACAUUAGAGUUGGAAGCUUAAAGAGAUGACGAUGAUAACUUUCAAUAAACCGCUUUGCGUAUGUAGCUAUCAACUUCCG